AUGUCGCAAAGCCUCCAUUGUCGGUCGUCCCCGUCACCAUGGGUAAAUCUCUCCGAGUAUUCCCCAUUUAUCAGCCCGGCGGUGACCACUGACGCUCGAAACAGUAUCAUGAUUGGUAUGGGUCAGAAGGACUCGUACGUUGGUGAUGAGGCACAGUCCAAGCGUGGUAUCCUCACGCUCAGAUACCCCAUUGAGCACGGUGUCGUGACAAACUGGGAUGACAUGGAGAAGAUCUGGCACCACACAUUCUACAACGAGCUCCGUGUCGCUCCCGAGGAGCACCCGGUUCUCUUGACCGAAGCCCCCAUUAACCCCAAGUCCAACCGUGAGAAGAUGACCCAGAUCGUCUUCGAGACCUUCAACGCUCCCGCCUUCUACGUCUCUAUCCAGGCCGUUCUGUCUCUGUACGCUUCCGGUCGUACCACUGGUAUCGUUCUUGACUCUGGUGACGGUGUUACUCACGUCGUUCCCAUCUACGAGGGUUUCGCUCUUCCCCACGCCAUAUCCCGUGUCGACAUGGCUGGUCGUGACCUGACGGACUACCUGAUGAAGAUCUUGGCCGAGCGCGGAUACACCUUCUCCACUACCGCUGAGCGUGAAAUUGUCCGUGACAUUAAGGAGAAGCUUUGCUACGUCGCCCUCGACUUUGAGCAGGAGAUCCAGACCGCUUCUCAGAGCUCCAGCCUCGAGAAGUCCUACGAGCUGCCCGAUGGACAGGUCAUCACCAUUGGCAACGAGCGCUUCCGUGCUCCUGAAGCUCUCUUCCAGCCUAGCGUCCUUGGUCUGGAAAGCGGUGGUAUCCACGUCACCACUUUCAACUCCAUCAUGAAGUGCGAUGUCGACGUCCGUAAGGAUCUGUACGGCAACAUCUCUGGUGGUACCACCAUGUACCCCGGUAUUUCCGACCGUAUGCAGAAGGAAAUCACUGCCCUCGCGCCCUCGUCCAUGAAGGUCAAGAUCAUCGCUCCUCCUGAGCGUAAAUACUCCGUCUGGAUCGGUGGUUCCAUCUUGGCCUCCCUGUCUACCUUCCAACAGAUGUGGAUUUCCAAGCAGGAGUACGAUGAGAGCGGUCCUUCGAUCGUGCACCGCAAGUGCUUCUAA